AGAUUGAUCAGCAACAUAGCAUUCGAUCUUUUUGUAAUUUGGCCAAUGGAAGAGAGAAACAUGGUUGUACGGCUCAGGUUAUCGAGGCUAGGAUGCAAAAAUCGACCAUUUUUCCGGGUAAUGGCAGCUGAUAGCAGAUCCCCUAGAGACGGGAAGCACAUCGAGGUCUUGGGUUACUUCAAUCCUCUCCCUGGGCAGGACGGUGGUAAGAGAAUGGGUCUCAAGUUUGACCGUAUCAAAUACUGGUUAUCUGUUGGUGCUCAGGCAUCAGACCCGGUUCAACGUCUCCUUUUCAGAUCCGGUUUACUUCCUCCUCCUCCAAUGGUGGCUAUGGGGCGUAAAGGUGGAGAAAGAGACACUCGCCCUGUAGAUCCAAUGACAGGUCGCUAUGUGGAUGCAGAGAAAACACCAGCGAUUAGCGACAACAAGCCUAAGGAAGAAGACAAAAGUCCAUGAUUCAUUUGACUAAGGAAGCAGACAUGAAGAAUCCAUGAAUUAGUCGCGUUAGCCUUUGUCGUUGUACCUUAUCUAAGUUCAGUAUGUUACUUCUCUGUAAUGCACAUUCCUAGUUAAUCUUGGCUUGAUUUCCUUUAUAAAAUUCCCUAUGUUUGGGAAUAACGACGAUGUGUUUAGCAGCCUUUUGCGGAACCGGCACGCAUUUUGCAUUGGGAUUAAUAAGGGUAUUGAAUUUCCUACCACUUUUGUUGAAA